AUGUAGGGAUUGAGCUCAAAUAAUCAGAUGAAAGACAAUCAUAAAUAAUUCUUUAUAUUAAUUUCAAACAGUUUAAAAAAAAAUCAUUUUUAAUUCGUGGUAACACUUAGAUUUUUAUUAUUUAAUAUAAUAUUUCUGCAUUUCCUGGAAAUCUUUGGUUUUGCCUAGGAAGAUAGUUGUCUCAGCUAUAUUUCUUAGAUUAAUUCAAAGAAAGCAUUAGCAAUUGAUCCAAUUAAAUGCAUAUUUUAAUAAAGGUGGAUUUACCAUCGAGUUCUAGUAAUUAAUAUUUUUAAUUUAGGAUUCCACCUUUAAACAUUGUUAGGAAGGCAAAAUAUUAAAUCGAAAGAUAAAUGCAUGUAAUAAUAAAGGUACACUAUUUUGAUUAAACAUAGGUUGA